AUGUGGCCCGUUCGGGACAUAGUUGACACCACCACCGCCGCCGUCGCCCUGGUCCUCGGAUUUUUUGCGACACCCCACGUUCUUUUCCAAACCUGGGCGCUCUUUCGGCCUAACGGUGAGACGGCCAAAGCACUUCGCCCUACGACAAUCGUUCAGACAACUGUUACCCGUGAUCCCUCCAAGCCCACCGCCAGGCAGGUAAAAAAGGACCGGACGCAACGGUUGAUAGCGAAGGACCUCCACCGACUUGUUCUCCAGGGACGAGGCCGUGCCGAAGUGGAUGAUCGGAUGGUCGAAUUACUGGAGACACUCGUCAUGGAACAGCGCGCCCGCGCUCCACGGAAUUUCAGCGCCGCUGCAACCUUUAAUUUCGACUAUUAG